AUGGAGGCUGUCGCUCGCGCGCUGGGGCCGGCCGCCUCGGAGGCAUGGCACCGCCUCGGCCCCUCCCUCGAGCAGUUUGUUGCCGAACAGCAGCGGUUCAAAUUGGUCUAUACGUCGCAGCCCACAUGGCCUGUCCUCCCGGCGUCGUGUGAGCGCGCCCACAUUGCCGUGCUCGACGCGUCGUUCAAUCCACCUACUCGCGCACAUGCCGGCCUCGCACACCUGCGCCCCGCUAUAUCGCCGCACCACUUUGAUGCACAUAUACUGCUGUUUUCUGUGCGAAACGCCGACAAGGGCCGCGGGCGCCCCGGCGACGCCAGCCCUCUGCAGCGUCUGCACAUGAUGCUGCUGCUCGCGCAGCACCUCGAGCAGAGCGAUAUGCAGGUCGCCGUCGCCCUGGUGGACGAGCCGCUCGUAUUUGCCAAGUCGACGCUCUUGCAUACGCACCUGCGCGCGUCUGCGCCGCUACACCUGCACUGGCUCAUGGGCAGUGAUACCCUCGUGCGCGUAUUCCAGCCCAAGUACUACGGGUCAGAGGCCGCGCUUGUUCAUGCGUGCGACCGCUUCUUUGCUCAGGAACAGUCGCACAUGCUUUGUGCGGAGCGCUCGCCCACCUCUGUGCAGGGCACGGCGGGCCUUCCCGGCGCAACUGCGCUGGCACAGGCCACGUCGCCAGAGCUGCAUGAACUGCUCGCACACAGCGCCCUCGCGCGUCACUGGCUCGAGCAGGGGGGCAUUGCUCUCCGUCCACUCGACCCUGACGUGGCGCGCCACAGUUCCACGGCCGUUCGCACGUUCCUGACAGAGGCCGAGGCCCAGGGCAUGAGCCGCGAAGACCUCGUCAACGCCUUACACACUAUGGUGCCUGCGCCUGUGGCUCGCUACCUGGCAGAAGCACACGUGUACUAG